AUGGCUGGCUCCAAAAAGAUUGUUCAUGCGAAGGUCCUCUGGCCCACCAGCCAUGUCCAGUUCAAUGCAUGGCAGAAGAAGCAACAUAAGAGUCUUUCGCCCAAUGUCAGUUACGUCUCCAGCGCCGAAGAGUACCAUCGCGCGACCGUAGAGGACUUUUGCCCAGUGUGCCAAGUGGACCACUCCAUCGAGUUUCUGGGCGCAAUCACUCAAGCAUGGGGAAAGUUCGGCGGCCCAUUUCGAAAAGACCCUGAGCCGAGGACAGCUCAUCCAGACUAUGGCUGUCUGAAAUUGGCGUGGCGUGCGGCUCGUCUUGAAUUACUGAACCUGGUAAACAAGCUUGAGUCCCAGGCGGUUAUUGAGAAUCGCUUGGACUCUUAUAUUCCACCUGCUACUCAUGAUAACGGGCGUGUCACUACUGUGCAUGGUGCUCAAGCGGCUCUCGAGAGGUUCCAUCGACAUUACAAGUACCCUGUAUCAGAUGUACCCCACAACGGUGAGGAAGAGGAAUUGCUGUACUGCAGCCCACUCUCCUCUUUGAAGAAGAAUAGAAAGGUGCACUUUGCGGAUCAACUGGUUGAAGGCGGUGUGCGCAAGAAUUUGACGUAA